GUCAGAUGUUCCUUUCUUGUCCGUCAGUAGCCUCUAGCUUUUUGUUGGUGACAGCAUUAGUAUUCAUUCAUUCAUCUUCUGUUGACGGGGUUGAACCAAUGGGCUGUAACGCAGAAUGUUUUUGUCAAACUUCAUCUUUCGUUCUGAACCAUACUGCGGAAAAACAGAUCGUCAAUCCUCAGAAAUAGAAAUAGACGUCCCUUCGCUCUGAUGCCUGGGGGUUGAAGACAUAUGGAUGACACCUGCAGUCAGACGUCUCCCUGGAACAUCUUCACCCUCUCUUCCAGUGUCCCACUUAGGAAAGAGCAUCGACGCAGCGCUGCAGACGGAUCGGCCCGUCGCACACACCUCUUGACAGUGUAUGUGUGGCAACAACAUGUCUGUGCCGCUGCUCACUGAGGCUGUGACGGUGUCAGGGACGGAGAAGGAGACGGCAGCGGUGAUCUUCCUCCAUGGGUUAGGAGACACAGGGCACGGGUGGGCGGAUUGUCUGACAGGCAUUCAGCUGCCCCACGUCAAGUUCAUCUGCCCCCACGCGCCCAAAAUCCCCAUCUCUCUCCACAAGAACAUGGUCAUGCCUGCUUGGUUUGACCUCAAGGGUCUCAGCCUCGACGCCCCAGAGGAUGAACCUGGAAUCAAGAAGGCGGCAGAUAACAUCAAGGCUAUCAUCGAGCAUGAGGCCAAAAACGGGAUUCCACCACAUCGUAUCUUACUCGCCGGCUUCUCUCAGGGUGGCGCCCUGUCCUUGUACACCGCCUUGACCUGCCAGCAGCAGAUAGCCGGCGUGGUGGCCCUCAGCUGCUGGCUCCCACUCCACAGCAGCUUCCCCUCGGCAUCGAACGGCCACAAAAACAUCCCCAUCCUGCAGUGCCACGGCGAGACAGACAUCAUGAUCCCCGUGCAGUUCGGAGCCCUGACGGCAGAGAAGCUCAAGUCCAUAGUCAACCCUCAGAUGGUCACCUUCAAAACCUACCCAGGGCUGUCUCACUGCUCCUGCCCUCAGGAGAUGAUAGCAGUGAAGGAAUUCAUCGAGAAGUACCUGCCCCGAAUCUGACCUCUGACCUCUCACCUCCCUCCCCGUCCCUUCCGUGACCCUUAAACACUGACCUCUCACCCUCAGAUCUGCCAUUCCUCUCACAGGAAACAGCCAUGAGCACCCAUCCUCUCCACACACACACACACACAAACACACACAUCCACUUCAUUAACGAUGGUUCGGUCCAGUCCAUGAAACGACGUUCGCCUUUAGUUUCCCUCACCACAGGAUUAUGACGACAUCAUCUCGUAGUUUAAUCCUUAUCUUUAGCUUUGUUUUUGUAUCGACUCCUUUUUUUUCCGGGCCACGUCUUCAUCCCUUCGACACUCAUUUAGAGAAGAGCCGCAGGUUUAACACCGUGACUGACGGGAAAAACAUUCUCCUCCAGAGUCAGAUCAGAUGUUAUUUUUUAAAACUUCUAUGAGGAUUAUUGGUGUUUCUACAAAGUCUGACCCACGACAGAAGUGUCUGAGGACACAGAGCCUCAGCAUAACUGCAGUAAGUGAUGUGUUACCUACAGAUUAUACUGAGAAAUCCAUCCUCUUCAGCUGGCAGUGUCCGGUGAUUCUGCUCAUUCAUGUACGUCAUCUAAUUAAGGCGUCUGUAAUGUUUGUUUUUGCCUCCACGCAGGGGCAUUUUGGGAAAACAAUCUGAAAUCCAGUCAUUAUGAGGAAUAUUAAUUUGGUUUUUGACUUCUGUCUUGGAUGCAUCAAAUUUGAACCCGUGAAACAAAAUAAGUGUAACUGAAAUUAUUUUCUAAAUUUUUUUUUGGUUGUAAUCCAUCCACUUCUUCAGAGGUUUGUGAUCAAAAACUGAAAAAAACUUUUUUAAAUGUUUUCCUAUUAAAAACAGGAAAACAUUUCCUGUUUUGUAGACAGAAGCGUCUGUGACUGUGAGGAGAAUAUUUCGGUGAAAAACGAUGUUUUUCCAACAGCGUCAGUUCAGAUCCCGCCGGGCUGCGAACCCUUCUCCCAGCACCACAUCCAUCUUCCAAACAUCUCCACCUUCAGCAGCAUUGACCCCACAAACACGUCUCGUUCCCGUCGUGUUGUUGUCGACCGAGUGGUUUGGGUUUUUAAACUCUGUAAUUAAAUAAACGCAGCGUCUCCUCCUGAUUGUCUCCCUCGCUGCCACUGCAGGGUCAAACUAACACAAAUUAUUUAUUGACAUUUUUUUGCAGAUACGCCUCUAACCAGCUUCCCUCUUACUGUAAAACACUAACGUAUAACACGGAGGUCAGCGUUGGGGUCAAGUCCCGUCACUAAUACAUGCAUAAAUAAAGUGACCACACGCUGAGGGCUUUGGCAACGACCUGUUCCAGUGUAACUGAACAGACACGGCGAUGAUUGGACUGGAACGUUGGAGUGAGUGUGUGAGUGUGCGCUUCAGCGUAGAUAUAUCAGGUGUUCCGGCGUUUUCCUUUGUGAAUGUCAUCUUUACUUACCCUGUGACUUCCUGUUCUGCACUGUUCUUAUUAAACCAGAUUUUUAAAAUUGGGAAAAGAGCUGAAGUAUUCCGUUCGACUUGAUAACAAUUGAGUGAAUGUCUUCUUUCCUCCAGACUUUGUUUAUAAUUUACACCGUGCUCCAGGAGUUUUUUUUGUAAUUUUUUUAAUCUAUCUCUCUCUUUUUUCUUUAUUCCAAAAAUGUCUCUUUGUGUGACAACGUUGCACUGUCUGGUUUCUUCCAGGAUUUUAUGUGGUUAAUGAUGAAUCUGUGUUUGACUUUGUUGUUAGUUGUUUAUUUGUGUGUUUUAUCACUUUUCUCAUCUCAUCCUUUGUUGUGUCUGUUUAUCAUGAUUAAGAAAACAGGUCGAGGUGAGGCAGGUGGCCUCCUGUUGUUUUGUUUCCUAAACACCUGUGUGCAAAAUAAAUUGAUGACACGAAAGAAAAGUU